UCUCCCUGUGGAUCUAUAAUUUCUCAGAAGAGAGGUUGAGGAAUGAACUGGAAAAUCCCUGGAGACAGGGCAGCACAGGUAGGAUCUGCAGUGCCCUGCUCCCCACUGUCUGACCUGGUCGGCCUCUUCCUACCUCACAAGGAGGCACGUGUAUAGAGAGCCCCAAGCCCCCCGAGCAGCCCCUCUGCAGCCCUAGUGUUGCCUUUUCUGGCACUUUCUGUGCAUCCUCAUUCCCACUGUUCCGAGCAGGGUGGAGAGUCUUGAAGAGAGUCUGCUGGAGGCCAUGGGGUGUGGGUCAGGCCUCACCCACCAGGCCCUGGAAGAGGGACCCUAAGCCAGGGAGUGGAGCAAAGCCUGACCACCCAGGGGUGACCUCUAGCAGGCCAGACACCAGGUACCUGUCCCUGUGGUCUGCAUACAAUGGGGUGACUGAGGGUUGGCCAGGCCCUUGGUGGAGACUUGCAGGAAGUAGGGGGCAGGUGGAGGCUGACCGCUGGGCCACAAGACCUGACUCAGAGGCCAGGCUGCCCCACUGUCUUCCCUGCCCGCCUCUCCUAGGUCAGUGCCAGAGGAGGCAAACACAAGGUGGCCAGUGGCCCUGCCAGGUGUUCCUAGAAGAGGCCUUGGGGGAGGAGCAGUGGUCAGACAUUAGCUGACCUUGAGGUCACAGGUGGGGCUGAGGCUGGGCCUGGACCCUGAACAGCCCCUGAGUCUGGAAUGUGAAUGCAAUGCAGCAGGCAAGGAGCAAGGCAGUCAAAGGCCCACUCAGGCUGUUAGGAGACCCCAGGGCAGGCAGCAUACUGGGCAGCUGGGCUGAGCAUUGGGAAAUGAGGUGGCACUGGUUUAACCCAACACAGUCAGACAGAGUCAGGGGACCCUGGGGUCCCUGGUGCCCCAGGAGCUGCCCAAGGGCCCCUGCUUGUAUCAGGAGCUAGUCAUUGGGUCCCCCAGGCGUGUCUUGAGCACCAGCCCUUCAAAGGCUGCUGUCGGGRUGUCCCUGCCCCCACCUCUGGGCGCAUCCCACCUAUGGGGGGCACACAAUGAACCUGAUGGCCCCYAGAGCAGCACCACAGCCCACCUCAGAUCCUGAAGGAGGCCUCAGGGUGGACAAGGCCCCAGCCACUUCCCUGCACUCUCUGACCCAGGGGAUCUGGACUAACACUGGCUGCCCGGCAUGAGGGGGUUAAAGGGGCUGGGGCAGGGCUGGCUGGCGGGCUGUCCCUGCCGUGGGGAAACACAGGGCAGGGGCAGCCAGCCCAGCAGACUGCCCUUGCUCAUUGCCUGCUGCAGCCUGCUCUCACGCGGGAUGGCCUGCAGGGAAGGAGGCCUAGCCCUGGUGGCACUGCUGGUCUCCUGGGCAGCACUGGGCCCCUGUGGCCUGGGUGGAGCAGAGCCCAGAGUGCUGGCAGACACCGAGGGCCCACAGUGCCCGGCCAUCUGCAUCUGCAGUUAUGAGGACGACACGGGGGAGCUCAACGUUUUCUGCAGCUCGAGGAACCUCACGCACCUGCCCAUCGGUAUCCCAGAUGGCACCAGGGCCCUGUGGCUUGAUGGCAACAACCUCUCUUCCAUCCCCCCAGCGGCCUUCCAGAACCUGUCCAACCUGGACUUCCUCAACCUGCAGGGCAACUGUCUGAGUGGCCUGGAGCCACAGGCACUCCUGGGCCUGCAGAACCUGUACCACCUUCACCUGGAGAGGAACCAGCUGCGGAGCCUGGCAGCUGGCUCAUUCGCGCACACACGCAGCCUGGCCUCACUCAGCCUCGGCAACAACCUGCUCGGCAGGCUGGAGGAGGGCCUCUUCCAGGGCCUCCCGCAUCUCUGGGACCUCAACCUUGGCUGGAACAGCCUGGUUGUGCUGCCCAACAAGGUGUUCCAGGGCCUGGGCAGCCUCCGUGAGCUGGUACUGGCUGGCAACAAGCUGGCCUACCUGCAGCCGGCGCUCUUCUGCGGCCUGGGAGAGCUUCGGGAGCUGGAUCUGAGCAGGAACGCACUGCGCAGCAUAAAGGCCAGCGUCUUCGUGCAGCUGCCCCGGCUGCAGAAGCUCCACCUGGACCGCAACCUCAUCACAGCCCUGGCCCCUGGCGCCUUCCUGGGCAUGAGGGCGCUGCGCUGGCUGGACCUGUCGCACAACCGUGUGGCCAGCCUCCCAGAGGACGCCUUCCCUGGCCUGCUGGGCCUGCACGUGCUGCGCCUGGCACACAAUGCCAUUGGCAGCCUCCGGCCUCGCAGCUUCAAGGACCUGCACUUCCUGGAAGAGCUGCAGCUGGGGCACAACCGAAUCCGGCAGCUGGCAGAGAAGACGUUUGAGGGCCUGGGGCAGCUGGAGGUGCUCACGCUCAACGACAACCAGAUCCAGGAGGUCAAGGCGGGUGCCUUCCUCGGCCUCUUCAACGUGGCUGUUGUGAACCUCUCUGGCAACUGCCUGCAGACCCUCUCAGGUCAGGUGUUCCGGGGCCUGGCCACACUACACAGCCUUCACCUGGAGGGCAGCUGCCUGGGCCGUCUGGGCCCCCAGACCUUCGCAGGCCUAUCAGGGCUGCGCAGGCUCUUCCUCAAGGACAGCGGCAUCUCCAGCCUCGAGGAGCGGAGCCUGGGAGGGCUGCACUCGCUCCAGGAGCUGGAUCUUACCUCCAACCAGCUCUCACACCUGCCCAGGGGGCUCUUCCAGGGCCUCAGCCAGCUGGAGUACCUGCUGCUCUCCGGCAACCAGCUAUCAGCCCUGCCUGCAGACCUCCUGCGGCCCCUGCAGCGGGCCUUCUGGCUGGAUCUCUCUCACAAUCGCCUGGAAGUGCUGCCUGAGGGCCUCUUCUCCACACUGGGCCAGUUGCGCUACCUCAGUCUCAGGAACAACUCCCUGCAGACCUUCCUGCCACAGCCUCCAGGCCUGGAGCGCCUGUGGCUUGAGGGCAAUCCCUGGGACUGUCGCUGCCCACUCCGGGCGCUAAGGGACUUUGCCCUGCAGAACCCCAGUGUUGUGCCCCGCUCUGUCCAGGCUGUCUGUGAGGGUGACGACUGCCAGCCCGGGUACACUUACAACAACAUCACCUGUGCCAGCCCUGCCAACGUCUCGGGCCUCGACCUGCGGGAUGUUGGCGAGGACCACUUUGCACACUGCUGAGCCAGGGCUCCUGGCUUGGCACCCCUGCCCAUUCACUGUCCUCAGCUCCUGGGCUGCUCAUUCACUGGGGCUAGCAGUCCUGGCAGCUCAGGAUGCUUGGGUGGGCGCAGGCUUGUAUGUACCCAAGGGCCUGAGCAGAAGGUGGAGCACAGCAGUGUCCCAGCUGCCAACAAUUAAAGUGAA